GUCAGCACCAGUUGUCAGUAAAUUCUAAUUGGUGUAAAUAUGUCUUACUUAAGUAUUGAGUGUCAAAAUGGAAUGUCAAAAAUCAGCUGAUCCUUACGCGUUGUUUAGAUUUUUAGCUAACUGUCAAUUUGCGAUGUCUUUAGCUGUGUCUCAAAGGAAUUCUUAAAUAUUCAUAAAAUAAUUGUGUUUAAUUAAAUACAAAUAUGUAAAUACCGGAUAUGCAUUUAUAAGCGCUACAGUACUUCGUAGAUAAGGCUAAAACAAUUACUUUAAGAUGGCGUUAUUUAGAAAGCAGGAUUUCUCACCUCCAAUUUUAUCAAAGAAAUGGAUAGCAAUUAAGUUUAGGCCAAACAUGCUCAUAUACAGUCAUGACAAUAUAAUCACAAUACUGGAAAGUGGUUUGCUAUUCCGGGAGGAUAGUAUAGAAGUGGAGCAAGAAGCCCCCUGUUCAGAAAUAGCCUGGGGCCAUGCAGGGGGAGCGGCAGGUGGUUGGCUUACGAAAGGGGAGCGGAAUGGUGCCUUGAUAGCUAUUGCUGCAUGUGUAAUGCUGGCACCACCAAGAAAUUUCAACAAAAUGACUCUCGCGAAGUUGGCGUCCCUUGCGCUAAUUCCGGUCGCGAUCCGUGCGACGCAUCGGUCGCAUUGUCGCGGCACUUUGCGACAAUUGGUCGCGGUGAUGCGCGACUAUAUGUCGCUGGUGCGUCGCGCGACAGCUUGUUGCCGGGAGUAUGCCGCGUUACAUGCUCAGUUGGGUUCUGUCACCUCAGCAAUAGAGUCAACCCACGCGAUGCUCUACCAGCAGCAAAGGGAGCUUCUGUUGCUAAUGUCACGCGCAUCGUCCGCGUUGCUAGGCAACGUGCCAUGGUUGCGCGGCGAUGUCGCCGUGGAGUGCGACACAGAGAAUUUAAUGAAACUCCACCACGCCUUUCUAGUUGUGCAAUCCACUCUACUAAAAUAUAUAGCGCUGGCGCAUCAUAUCCCUUCACAAGCACUAAAACUAUACAAAAAUCACAAUGAAAGAAUAUACUGGAUUCACAAUGUGCUUAUAGAGAAUCUAACGCGAGAAUUCAAAGACAAUUUUGAAUCACUAGAGCGAAUGUAUCGUCUUUUAAAAAACUACGGUACCAAAGACAAUGUGUUAAAAAAGCCAGGUUCAGCGAUUAAAGAAACUUGGUUCUAUUCAGAAAUACAUACAGAUGUGGCAAGAACUAGCUUAGAACUAAAAUUAGCGCUCAAUAAAUGUAAUGACCUAGAUAUGUUCCUAGACUCGUGCGCAUCGAACAAACAAGAUUUAGAUUUAGAUGCAUUAAACAAAGAUAUCGACAGUAUUAUAGGUGAUGUAACAAAGUGUUUAAGAACAGUUCAAAGUUCACAGAUUAGAUUAAAAAAGCUACAAAAUAAUUUCAAAGAAGAGCAUACAGUGGAGGAGGACGAAGAACAUGUAGAAGAGGCAAUUUUUAAAAUAGAAGACAAAGAACCAGAGAUAAGAGAUGAAGUAUUUUACUUAGUCAGAACUGAUGACGAUGACGCGCUACCGCCAGUCGCUGAUUUUGUAACUGGUCCAGGAAAGAAAGAGAAAGAGACAACGAAAAUAGUUCUAAAUGAACUAAAAAGAAAACUAGUCGGAAGAGAAGAUUUAAUGCGAGAAAGAGAAAGACAGGCUCUAGCUAAAACAAUGCCACAGCUUCGAAAUGUACCAGAAUUUCCAAGGCAGAUUGAUAUAUUACAAUUCGUUGACCGCAAAGGUUUUUUAUCCAAAAUAAAGCGAGUGGAACGAAAGAAAUUGAAACUAAAAAAAACAAAAAAUAAAAAGAGAAAACAAAAAUAUAGAUUAAUAAUCUCGCGGUAUACAAAUGAAAGUGAAAUACUGAAUUUUUAUGAAGCGAAUGCGAAACUUAAUAUCAAAAGCAGAUUGUUAACAAUUCAUAAAGAUAAAAAAGGUUUUAUAAUAACGAAAUGGGUUAAAAAAGAAAUCAAAGAUGACAAUUCUAGUAUUCUGUCUGACUUAAGUGACGUAGAAUCGGAAACGGGAAAUGCAAGUGUCACCCUAGCUAAUUACAAAGUCAACAAACAAGAUUUAAACAUAUCGUCAUCUGACAGUGAUUUUGAUUUAGACAAUAAUCAACUACUAAAUGACAUAAGGAGAUAUAGAGCUGUCAGAAAAAAGAACUUUCCCGCGAAAAGGGCAUCCAUAGAUAUGGACGAGAGUAUGAAACCCAUAGAGUACAGAUUCGGGACGGGGAUGGCAAUGGCGUCCGUUCUACAGAAAAAUAAUGCCAGAGUUGUGAUGGCGGAAGAAGUUUUUGUUGGAAAUGGUGAAGUUUCAGAUGAUAGUGGUCAUGAUGACGAUGCGUGAUAAAAUAUAGCAACUUCUUUGGUCUUGGAUUUCUACGAUCGCUCAUUAUUUAUUCAGACCGAGAAAUUUCCAUUUCAGAUGUUUCGUAAUUUUUUUUAUAAAAUUUUAAUUAAUUUUAAAUUUAUUUUAUGGCUUUUUAAAUUGUACUAGUCAUUAUAAUUAAUGAAUGCGUCACACUUGAAGAAUAAAAACAGUUGGGCAAAGCACAGAACAUAUGAUAUAUGUCAAUGGAGAAGACAAUAUGUAAUAAUUAAAUAAAAACGUGAUUAAAAAGUAGAAGAUGGUCUAUUCUCUAUUAUUAAGCGAUUCUAACCGACCUUUGGCUUGAAGGUCUCCUAGAUCUAGAAUAUUGUUCUUAACAAUUCCACAAGUAUGUUUUUUAUCAAGUGGUGACAUAUAUUGUCUAUGUAUUUAUAUAUAUUGUCCAUGGAAAAUAGAUUGUCUUCUAAAGUCUAUUCUCUAUGAAAUAAUAUUUUAUCCAAUUUAGAAAACCGAUAGUUAACGAUUCACUUACUCCUUUGGCUCUGCUACUCAAAAAGUGUCUUGGCCUCCGAAAUGAGAAUCAAACAGCGCUCCUUGUUCUGUGACACCUCGCGCCGAUUGCUGGCUUUCAGCUGCAGUCCUCCUCCACUUUAUCCAGCAAUGUGCCCAUGCGCAGGUGCCCCAGUCAACUUAGUCGAGAGACCUUGGUAUUUAAGUUUACAAACAUUUUAUAUUGAAUUAUUAAGAUAGUCUACUCUCGUCGGUUAAAUGACUCCUGAUUUUAUGAUUAUAUAAACUUGAUAAACGCAGAUCAUUAUAAUGUUAUAUGUCCACGUGUCGCAAUAUUUGUUAAUGUAUAUUUAUUAAUUAUCUUCCAAAUACUACUAAUUAUGUCGAGAGAUUAUUGUAAUGUAUAAUUAAUAAAUAUUUAAAAUGGUAUAAGUUUUUCUUUAUCUUAUAUUAAAUAUGGCAUCGUAUUGUUGUGAUCAAAAUACAUAAAAUGGUUUCUA